AUGUCAACGUUACAACUUUUUGCCGAUAAGGGACCCAAAAGUGUCUCUUUCGUGAACAAUUUGAAGGUCGAACUUGCUUCCACGAUUUUCGCACCAAAGCUUAAGUUUGCAGAUGAUUCAGACAGAGAAGAGAAUUUCCUUGAGCUUGCAGACAAGAAAUCAGGAUUUACGUUGGUUGAGCCUAAUGCAAUCGUCAAAUAUUUGGCAGCUACAUCUAAGAACGGCUCAAAGGAUGUUUUUAGAGCCGAUCCGUUAGAAGCCACUUUGAAUAAGAUUGCCGCUUUGGGCUCAAAGGCCCUAGAUGGAAUCAAUUUUGAAAAGUUUCAUUUCACUUCUAAUGCAAAUACAAACUCAGUCAUCCAAAUUCUUGCAUAUUCAUCGUUAUAUCCAUUGUUGGGAUUGAAAAAGAAUUCCGAGAUUCAACAAUCAGUUCAGACUUGGUUCGCUGAGUUCGGUUCCAAUUCUAAAAUUGAAAAGGCGGUUGCAACUGCUAAGUCUGUGUCACGUUUAGAGAGAGUCAAAGAGAAGAAUACAGGUAAGAGGAAUGUCUUAAGUGGAAUAGAAUUUAUUCACCCAGAGGGUAAGCUUGCACCAAAAGUUGGCCAAAGAAACAUUUUGAUUACCUCUGCACUUCCAUAUGUCAACAAUGUUCCUCAUCUCGGGAAUAUUGUCGGAUCCGUGCUUUCUGCAGAUAUCUUCGCCAGAUAUUGCAAAAGAAGAAAUUUCAACACAUUGUUCAUCUGUGGUACCGAUGAGUAUGGUACAGCUACUGAAACUAAGGCACUCGAGGAGCAUGUGACCCCAAGAGAGCUUUGUAACAAGUACCACAAGAUUCACAAGGAGGUUUAUGACUGGUUUGGAAUCGGUUUUGACUACUUUGGAAGAACGACAACUGAUAAGCAAACUGAGAUCUCUCAGCACAUCUUCCUGGAGUUGCAAAAGAAUGGAUUCCUUGAAGAGCAGUCCAUGAAGCAGCUUUAUUGCCCUGUUCACAAAGGUUACUUGGCAGACCGUUAUGUUGAGGGUGAGUGUCCUAAAUGUCACUACGAAGAUGCUAGAGGUGAUCAGUGUGAUAAGUGUGGUGCUCUUUUGGAUCCAUUUGAAUUGAUCAAGCCUCGUUGUAAGCUUGAUAACGCUACACCAGAGCCUCGUCACUCAAAUCAUGUCUUCCUUUCAUUGGAUAAGCUUGAGCCGGAUCUCAGAAAAUGGAUUGAAAAAGCCUCGAACGAAGGAAAUUGGUCAAAGAAUGCCAAAACGAUUACUAACUCCUGGCUUCGCGAAGGUUUAAAGCCAAGAUGCAUCACUAGGGAUCUUGUUUGGGGUACUCCAGUGCCAUUGGAGAAGUAUAAGGACAAAGUCUUGUACGUGUGGUUUGAUGCUACCAUUGGAUAUAUUUCAAUCACUGCCAAUUACACCGACAACUGGAGAGCAUGGUGGCAGAAUCCUGAGAACGUCAAGCUUUACCAGUUUAUGGGUAAGGAUAAUGUUCCAUUCCACACGGUUGUGUUCCCAGCCACUGAAAUCGGAACCAAGGAAAACUGGACUAUGCUUCAUCAUCUGAACACCACGGAGUACUUGCAGUAUGAAGGCGGUAAGUUCUCCAAGUCUAGAAACAUCGGUGUGUUCGGAAACAAUGCUAAGGAUACCGGCGUUUCCCCAGCAGUCUGGAGAUACUACCUUGCAUCCAUCAGGCCAGAAGCUCAAGAUUCGCAAUUCUCGUGGGCCGAGUUCGUUACAAAGAAUAACAGUGAGUUGCUUGCCAACUUGGGUAACUUCGUCAACAGAAUUGUUAAGUAUGUGAACGCCAAGUACAAUGGUGUCGUUCCAAAAUACAACAUCAGUAACUGCUCCGACUAUCCAAAGGCUAGCUCCGAAUUGACUAAAUUAAUCGAGACCUACAACAAUGAUCUUGAGUCUGUCCACGAGAGGAAGGGUCUCGAGACAGUUAUGUUGACAUCUGCAAGAGGAAAUCAGUUCUUGCAAGAUAACAAGAUGGAUAACUCUUUGUAUAAUGACCAUCCUGAUAAGGCAGAUGCUGUCGUUGCCAUUGGUUUGAAUAUCGUCUACCUUGUUUCGGCUUUGAUCUCUCCAUACAUGCCAGAGACGUCUGCUCUCAUUGAGAAGAUUUUGAAUGUGCCUGCUUUGAGAAUUCCUGACAAGUUCGAAAUGUGGAUCCAAGCUGGUCAUUGCAUUGGAAAGCCUCAAUACUUAUUCAGCCGGAUUGACCCGGAGAAGGUUGAGGAGUGGAAACACAAGUAUGGGGGAAAGCCACAAGCUUAG